AUGACGACAAAUAAAUACUCGGUAAUUUUACCAACAUAUAAUGAAAGAAGAAAUUUACCAAUUCUUAUAUAUUUAUUAAAUAAAACUUUCACUGAAAAUAAAUUAAAUUGGGAAGUAGUUAUAGUUGAUGAUAAUUCACCAGAUGGUACACAAGAAAUUGCCAAAAAUUUAAUUGACAUUUAUGGACCAGAGCAUAUUCAAUUGAGACCAAGAGCAGGUAAAUUAGGUUUAGGUACAGCAUAUGUUCAUGGUUUACAAUUUGUUACUGGAAAUUUUGUAAUUAUAAUGGAUGCAGAUUUUAGUCAUCAUCCAGAAGCAAUACCUGAAUUUAUAGCAAAACAAAAAACAGAAGACUAUGAUAUUGUUACUGGAACAAGGUAUGCGGGAGAUGGGGGAGUUUAUGGUUGGGAUUUUAAAAGAAAAUUAAUUUCAAGAGGUGCAAAUUUUUUAGCUACUGUUGUUUUAAGACCUAAUGUUAGUGAUUUAACGGGUAGUUUUAGAUUAUAUAAGACUCAAGUUUUGAAAAAAAUUAUUAGUGUUACUAAAUCAAAAGGGUACGUAUUUCAAAUGGAAAUGAUGGUUAGAGCUAGAAGUUUGGGUUUUACUGUUGGUGAAGUACCUAUUAGUUUUGUUGAUAGAUUAUAUGGUGAAAGUAAAUUAGGUGGUGAUGAAAUUGUUCAAUAUGCUAAAGGAGUCUGGACUUUAUUUACAAGUGUUUAA